AAGAAAUCGGAACCUCCACUAUGUGUUUUAGUGGAAUAUCACUCUUUUGAAGCCAGUUUGCAUUGUACAAGUGACGAGAAUGGAUCUCACGUACGGGAAACUUUGUAUUUUGUGCCUGCUCCUGGCUUUAUAUGAUUCUGGUGCAGCUCCUUGCUGGGAUUUUACGAAAAACACGUGUGUGGCGCGGCAUCUCUGCAGGAUCGGCGCAGUACCUGAAUUCCCCGUCUUUCAGUUACGCCAUCUAAGCAAGGUCUACUGGGAAUGUCCUCCUGCGGAGAUCUGCUGUCACAAAUCGAAUGUGGUGAUGCUUAUAGGUCAAGUUCCGAAGUUUGAUCACUCGCAUCCACUUCAAUGUGGCCACGUUAACAGUCCAGAACUGACCUCCAUGAUGAAGGGUAAUCACUACACAGCCCGAGAGGCGGAAGUGCCAUGGAUGGUGGCUCUUCUGUUUGCUAGAAAUCUUCUUUAUUUUGCUGGCGGCUCUCUAAUUGCUCCAGAUGUUGUGCUAACAGCGACUUCCAUCACAGAAAAACUAAACGAAGACCAGCUAGUUGUAAGGGCUGGCGAAUGGGACUUGCUAACCAAACAAGAGCAAGGGAAGCAUGAGGAUGUGCCCAUCAGGAAGAUUGUACGACACAUUGCCUUCAAUAGGACAAAUGGAGCCAACAAUGUGGCCCUUUUAUUCCUCAAAAGACCGCUGGACCUAACCCACCAUAUAAACCUCAUUUGCCUGCCGCCAUCGAAUCGCAAGUUUAUUUAUAAGCGUUGCAUUGUCAGUGGCUGGGGUAAGAAGAACUUAGAGGACAACGCUUACAUGAAUGUUCAGAAGAAAAUUGAUGUGCCAUUGGUGGACAGAUCUAGGUGCCAGCGACAACUAAAAGGAUUCUUGGGCACAAACUUCCAUCUCGAUAACAGCCUGAUGUGUGCCGGCGGAGAGAUUGGCAAGGAUUCGUGCAAAGGCGAUGGAGGUUCCCCACUGGCCUGUCCCCUCCAAGGCGAUCCUAAUCGAUAUGAGCAGGUGGGCAUCGUCAACUAUGGAUUAGGAUGUGGAAGUGCUAUUCCUGCUGUAUACACUGAUGUCUCAAAAAUGCGGCCCUGGAUAGACUACCAGAUGCAAGAAAACGCAGUCGCUUAUCAACAGCUAAAUGCAGGGGAUGGAGAAAAACUAAGAAGAGAGUACUUUAGAAACUUAUAAUACAAGUUCUAUUCUCAAUAUAAGAUGAUAUUUAU